AUUCGGUUCUUGCCAGUGAUCUUACAUACCUUGUCUGCAUCGCGAUCAACCAUGGACUUGCCAGGACAGACACCCAACAUUCUCAGCAAAGGAGGAAAGACUCCUGUUACGGUCUUUACAGGAUUCGUCGGCGUUGGAAAGACUACCAUUAUCCUAUCCCUGCUGCAAUCAAUGCCCAAGGGAUACAAGUUUUGUCUGCUCAAGAACGAAUUCGGAGAUGUGAAAGUUGAUUCCCAGAUCGCAAAGCUGAGCAAUAUCGAUGUUCAGGAAAUGACCAAUGGGUGUCUGUGUUGCGUCCUUGUCGGCCAGAUGAAAGAGGGGCUCCUGGAGCUGAAGGAGAAGUAUCAGCCAGAUCGCAUCAUUAUCGAAACCAGUGGCUCUGCAUUCCCAGGUCCAAUUGCAUGGCAGAUCAGGGAGUUGGCGGACGAUGGAUUCGUGCUGGACUCGAUCUUGAACGUGGUCGAUUGCAAGAACUUUAAUGGAUAUGCUGACAACAGUUACACGGCACAGUUGCAAGCCAAGUACACAGAUCUGGUUCUCUUGACCAAGCACGAGGGUGUCAGUGAAAGGGAAUUGGACAGAGUUAUCGACCGCGUCAACGAUCUGAACACGGACGCACCAAAGGUUUUUGUCAACGCCGACCAACCCGUCUCUCCCGAAUUGAUCUUUGGCCUCGACACUAAACUCUUUGAGCUACAGGGAGCCAUGGCGCCCAACAACAAGGCCUUCGAGGACGAGUUAGACCAACAGGGGAAUAAGGCUCAUUACAAGAAUGAGUUCGACACUAUGGAGAUCAAAUGCUUUGGCGACAGAGACGGUCGCGCCGGCCACCUCAGUCUAGAGAAGUUUGAACAGUUCUUGGCAACACUGGAUAAGGAUGAUGUGUAUCGACUCAAGGGCUUUGUACGACUCUCAGGAAUCAGGAAUGGGGAUGGUGAGACGCCAAGGAUAUUGGUCUGUGUGAUUAACCAUGCGUUUGGCAAGUGGACGAUUAUCCCAAUGCCCGAGAAGCAGGACCUGGAACCUUCGGAGGAGCGGACGGAUAGUCCGGCGCAUGAUCAUGAUCAUGGUCACGAGGGACACCAACACCAUAGCCAUCCCCAUGCGUCGAACCAUAAGAACAAGAAUCAGGCUCUGCAGAUGCAUUUUAUUCUAAUGGGCGAGCUGUGGGGCAUUAAGCAUAAGCUGAUCUAUGGAUGCGGAGCAAAUUACCCGACCGGCCAUGUCCUCUGUGAGUUCAAGAACAGUCGAGAGGUUGUUGAGUGGGACAAGUCGUUACCGGGGACGUAUACCGAGUUCGUGACGGAGCAAAUGGCGUCGAAGCAGUAGUCGCGAGGGAAAUGAUAAACAUGGAUAUAGAGCUAUAUAACAUCAUGUCGUUGUGCGGACUAAAUCGAUGGUUUUGUUUUUUGUUU